AUGAUAAUAAGUGAUGAGAUAAUAACAUGGGAAAGAUCCAAAGAGAUUAUAGAAACAAAUGCAUUAGCAGAACUCUAUAGAAAUUUCAGUGAAACAGCUAGAUAUGGUGAAUUCAAACUAAAAGUGAAAGCAAAUGGCUCCACAGUGGUGAAUGAAAUUAUAAGAGAAAGACUUCAAUGGGUAAACAAAGAUGGUAGCUUUGCAUUAACUCCCAAAUCAAAUGAGUUAUUCACAUAUGAAAAAGAUGUGAAAAUUAUAACCAAUGAUUUCCCAUAUAAUUUUGAAGAUUCUAUAACACAUUUUGUUGUUUGGUCAAAAGUUAUAAUUGAAAGCGAUCCAAAUUCAGAUAUUGGUGAUGUUGAUGAUUUAACUAAAGAGAUUAUAAAUACCUAUGUUUACAAAAGUUUUGUUGAAGCUUUAGGUUUAUCAAAAGAUCAAGUUAUUUGGUUUAGAAAUUUUCCAGCUAUUCAAAGUGUUAAAGAAUUAUCACAUAUUCAUGUCUUGAUAAAAGAUCUUGAUACUAAACAUUUCUCAAAAAUUAUAGGAACACCCGGCGUGGUUUUAAGCAAAGAUGAAAUUGCUAGUUUGAAGAAGAGUUUUUAG